GGAGCACCUGGAGCGCGAGCUCGGAACGAGAAUCCACGAGUUGUAAGAAAAUGGCAGACAAGCCGGACAUGGGGGAAAUCGCCAGCUUCGAUAAGGCCAAGCUGAAGAAAACUGAGACGCAGGAGAAGAACACCCUGCCGACCAAAGAGACAAUUGAACAGGAAAAGAGGAGUGAAAUCUCCUAA